ACAGUUUCUUUAGCAUUUAUAAUAUAAGCAUUAUUUAUAAGGAUAAUUAUACAGAUUUUUAUUGUUAACUUUUUUCAGAGCCAGAGAUAAUUCACUUCAGAGCUAACAAACCUUCAGUCAUGUUUGAACUUAAUUCCAAGUCUAUUAUCAGCGUGUUGAAAGAUCUCUUAAAAUCGAAGACUGUACAUAAGUAUAUGGACACGUUUUCAAAAGAAGCUGCUGUUAUAUACCGUACAUUUAAACAUGAAAUGGAUAAAGUGCAAAGAAGCAAGGCCAAGGAGCAAUAAUACUUGCUAAAUGGUAUUGACAAUGAAGCCCCGUUAAAAGGGCUCUGAAAGUAAAUAAAAAGUAAACAUAAAUAAUCGAAGUUUUUUAUUUAUAAUAAAAAAACGACUUCCGACAAUCUAUGUAAUUUCAUGGCGAAAAAACUGCUAUUCAGUUUCAAAAAAUAUGUUAAAGUUUGUUAAAGUACUGCCAGUUAUGUAUCCAACCCCCGAGUUUAGUGUAAAAUUUAUUUGAUUUAAAUGAUCAACUGCGUUGAUGAGGAGUAUUUUUCUGUUUGCAAAGAAACUGCUUUGGCACUAUUUUCUUUCUUUAGUGAACCUAUAUAAACAUAUGGUUUAGAAAAUUACAAAACUCUCGAUAUUAAGAGGACUAUAAUAGGAACUUUGGGAAAUUGAAGUUAUUUAGAUGGUAACAUUUAAUUGACUGUCAUUCUGUCAUUAGUGUCAUUUUGAAAAUGACAUCAUGUUUAUUUAUUUACGUACUGAAUUUGUGAAAUUGUAAUAAAUGAAUUUAUAAAAGAUCGUCGAUUAAAUAUAGAAAGUAAUAACUUCAGCAUUAUACAAGCUAAACGCCUAAAGCUCAAGGCUUUGAGUACAGGCCUCGAUAAGAAUCGACUAGGCCUUUUUCUAUGCAAAAAACGAAUCAGAUUCCCGCGCAUUGAAUAUCGACAUUAUUUCUCCAGAUUUCGUCUCAAAACGUGUUUCAAUUACAAAAUAAAGUAAACAAAUAUAUAAAAACUUAAAUAUGCGUUCCGCUUUCAACGGCCAUAUUGACGAAAUACCAUUUAUACUCGUCGAUAACUUCGAAAAUGAUCUGAACAAGAACGCGUAUUUUCUUAGCCAUUUUCAUGGUGAUCACGUUUUUGGGCUCGGUGAAGAUCGCUUAAGGCAUAGACUAAAGAGAAAUAAAGCGUUUAUUUACGCUUCUGAAGUCACUGUGGCGAUUAUAAAGAAGGAAUGUCCAUUGCUGUAUCCAUAUUUGAAAGUUUUGGAGCUAGGCCGAAACACAAUCUCAAUAACAUACAAUGAAAAAGAAAUAUUCCUAAACGUAAUCACAUUACCGGCCGGUCACUCUUUCGGCUCCACCAUGUUCCUAUUCCAACAUGAAAACAAAAACAUUCUAUACACCGGAGACUUCAGAAUAACACGCAACAGCGUAGCCAAGUACACACAUUUACAUCACAACGGAGACCCAAUUACGUUAGACGUGUUAUACGUAGAUACGACGUUUCAGAAUAUACCUACGUUCCCUAAAAGGUCAGAUGUGGUUCGUAAUGCGGCGGUCCAUAUCAAGAAUUGGUUGAAUCUAAGCAAAGAACACAGAGUUGUGUUGUUGACGUCUGCUGGCUAUGGUUAUGAAGCGGUCUGUAAUGUUAUUUUUGAAGAAACUGGGAUGAAGACCUAUGUUGACGGUUUUCAUUGGGAUAUUUAUAGCCAAUUCCCAAAAGAAUUGUAUGGUACCACAAAUGACCCACAAUCCCCCAUAAGUCUUUGUACUAAAUACAGACAUACUAAAAACUCGGACCCUUUAGAACUUCAAGUUUACUUCUCUGCCCUAAAAUGGGGGGAUAAGCAGAAUCUUCUUGAAGAAUACUUGACAAUUAAGCAGAAUAGAAUAGAAGUAUGUUUUUCAACCCACUGCGGAAGAGAUGAAUUGUUACACUUUAUAAAUUAUUUUAAGCCAAAUAAAAUUGUAGGAUUUCCUAACGAGUUUGAUAAGUAUAAUGUGGUAGAUUUUUUAAAUAAUGAUUUUGAUGAUGAAGUUGAAAAUGUAAAGAUUUUACCUAAGAAGAGGAGAGUUAUGAAGAAGGCAGAAAGAGUUGGGAAGAGAGUAAAGGAGAGUGUUUUGAAUGAUGUGUUCGAAUUUUGAAUGAAUUUUUUUUAUAUAGUUUCAUGGAUUAAUUUGUUUUUUUUUUUGCGAGGAUUUGUUUUUUUGGUUUUCUUUAACAGUUUUUUAUUGACUGAAUAAAAUUCAUACUUAGAUUUUAAUGUGAAUUUAUGAAUGUACUGAAUGUAAUAGCGCUUUCACACUAGCAGACACAGUAAUAAAUCCGUAAUUGUGAAACCACUGUUAGAUGAAAAAUAAAAUUAUAUUGUCGUUGUUUUUGUCACAUUUUUACGACUGUGAUAUUAGGUUAAAAAUUAAAUUGACUGAAUUGGUAUAUAUACGGAUAUGUAUGACUGUAUACUUUUAAUGUAAUUUCCAAAAUAUAAAAAAUGUUGAAAAAUAAUGUGAUGUUAUAUAUUUCGUGCUAUUUUUGUAAUAAAAUGUGUUGCUCUAUA